UCAUGUCCUCGGAAGCGUUCACGAGGCUCACCGCUCCAUCAGACUAUGCCCAGCUUUUGGAGAAGUACGAUACUUGGCUCUUCGACUGUGAUGGCGUGCUGUGGACAGGCGAUCGCCUUAUAGACGGCGCCAAGGAAGUGUUGGGCAUUCUCCGCAAGCACAAGAAGAGUGUCAUAUUUGUGACCAACAACGCAACCAAGUCAAGAAAGAACUACAAGAAGAAGUUCGAUAGUCUCGGGAUCGAGGCUUACGUUGACGAGGUCUUUGGCUCAGCUUACGCCUCUGCUGUGUACCUUUCUUCGGUCAUGAAGCUUCCCAAGGAUAAGAAGGUCUACGUGAUUGGCCAGAAGGGUUUGGAGGAAGAACUAGACGAGGAGGGAAUCGCACAUAUCGGUGGGACCGAUCCUGCGGAUCAAGUCAUUGGGCCCUUCUCUCUUCACGACUUCGAGCCCGACCGCUCGGUCGGUGCCGUGCUCUGUGGCUUGGAUACGGGCAUCAACUACAGGAAGCUCUCCAAGGCAUUCUGGUACCUGACUCAAAAUCCCGACUGUCAGGACUGCCCCUUCAUAGUCACCAACGAGGAUUCGACAUAUCCCUCCGAAGGCGGGCUUUUGCCAGGCGCUGGCGCUAUUAGUGCACCCCUCCGUUUUGCGGUAGGUCGGGACCCAAUCGCUGUUGGAAAACCUGCCAAGACAAUGCUCGAUUGCAUCAAGGCGAAGCAUGAUUUUGAUCCUAAGCGUACGCUCAUGGUUGGCGAUCGCUUGAACACGGAUAUACUUUUUGGUCAAGCUGGCGGGCUAUCUACACUGCUUGUUCUCACUGGUAUUACGCGCGAUGGCGAUAUCACCGGGCCUAACGCGUCCUCGAUAGUUCCUGACUACGUCACAUCAUCGCUGGGAGAUUUGCGAGUGUUAGGCAAUCCCUGAACUAUGUGAACCAACACAAGAGUACACUGUUGAAAGGCCUCUUGAAUGAUCGACUUCCAGAGGUCAAGAAAUGAAGCUUUCCCAUAGAUUCGAUGUUCUGUCCACUGUACGUAUGCAACACUCACGCGC